AUGGAAGAACUUACGGCGUUCGUGUCGAAAUCUUUCGAUCAAAAAACCAAGGAGAGCAGCAAGGAGAGUAUCACGUACAGGGAAGUUUUGGAGAGUGGCUUAGCGCGAGCCAGGGAGCUCGGGAACUCAGAGACAAACCUUCAGGACAUUACUGAAACCAGCAACCAUUGUGCUGUACAUCUAUUCAAGGAACAUGUAGAGCUCGAGAAAGAAAAACUGAAGGAGUUUAACGUUGCAAGGGCUAGUGAAGGGAUUUAUGAAUGCAAAGAGAAGAAAGAAGACGUGAAAUCCGAGGAUGAGGAUGCACAGAGUAAAUUGAAGCAAAGACGGAGCAGGACAAAUUUUACUUUAGAGCAACUGAACGAACUGGAGAGGCUAUUUGAUGAGACGCACUACCCGGAUGCCUUCAUGCGAGAGGAGCUAAGUCAAAGGCUAGGGUUGUCGGAAGCCCGCGUACAAGUUUGGUUUCAAAACAGAAGAGCGAAAUGUCGCAAACAAGAAAAUCAGAUGCACAAAGGUGUUAUUCUGGGCACAGCAAGCCACUUAGACGCAUGCCGGGUGGCUCCAUAUGUGAACAUGGGGGCACUUCGAAUGCCAUUUCAACAGGUCCAAGCCCAGUUACAGUUAGAGGGGGUAACACACUCUCAUCCUCACCUGCACCCACACCUGGCAGCUCAUGCUCCAUACCUGAUGUUCCCACCCCCACCCUUUGGACUACCAAUUGCAUCACUGGCGGACUCGGCUUCAGCAGCGGCUGCCGUGGCAGCCGCUGCCAAGAGCAACAGCAAGAACUCCAGCAUUGCUGACCUGCGACUCAAGGCAGGACUGCUUGGAGGCCAGUGGCUCAACCCUUUCCAGCCACACAUCACAGCCCCAGGACCGUACAAAAAUGUCUGGAUGUCUGUCUGA